AUGUACCCCGUUGGUCAACCUCCAGCGGGGGAGACGAGUGCUGGUGCAGUGGGUGUGUCGGGAGCUGUGACAUCCGCAGCGGGCACGACUGGGGCCUCGCCAGGCGCCCCGACUUCCUCGCCGCCGUCCGGAGCAGCCCCGGUCGGGGUGACGAGUGGCACGCUGGCGUCCCCUGCAUCCGCGCCACCUCCGGACCUACCCGUGCUCACCUGCCCCCGUCGACCCAACUUAGGCCAUGAAGGCCGACCGAUAAUGCUGCGUGCUAAUCAUUUUCAAAUAUCAAUGCCGAGAGGUUUUGUGCAUCACUAUGAUGUUAAUAUACAACCUGAUAAAUGCCCUAGAAAGGUAAAUAGAGAAAUUGUUGAGACUAUGGUACAUUGUUACAAUAAGAUAUUUGGUGCUCUGAAGCCAGUGUUUGACGGUAGAAAUAAUUUAUAUACAAGGGAUCCAUUGCCUAUUGGCAAUGACAGAGUGGAGCUGGAAGUUAUAUUGCCUGGUGAAGGAAAAGAUAGAGUGUUUCGUGUUACUAUUAAAUGGGUUGCUCAGGUGUCACUAUUUGCAUUAGAAGAGGCUUUGGAAGGACGAACUCGUCAGAUUCCAUAUGAUGCUAUAUUAGCAUUGGAUGUGGUGAUGAGACAUUUACCAUCAAUGAUGUACACGCCUGUAGGGAGAUCAUUCUUUUCAUCUCCCGAAGGUUACUAUCACCCACUUGGCGGUGGCCGAGAGGUUUGGUUUGGUUUCCAUCAAUCUGUGCGGCCCAGCCAAUGGAAAAUGAUGCUUAAUAUUGACGUGUCUGCAACUGCCUUCUACAAAGCUCAGCCAGUUAUAGAAUUUAUGUGUGAAGUAUUAGAUAUAAGAGACAUUAAUGAACAGAGGAAGCCAUUGACGGACUCGCAAAGAGUCAAAUUUACCAAAGAAAUUAAAGGUCUCAAGAUUGAAAUCACCCAUUGCGGUACAAUGAAGAGGAAAUAUAGAGUCUGUAAUGUUACUAGGAGACCAGCACAAAUGCAAUCAUUUCCUCUCCAGUUAGACAACGGACAGACAGUUGAAUGUACUGUAGCUAAGUAUUUCCUUGAUAAGUACAAGAUGAAACUCAGAUAUCCGCACCUGCCAUGUCUUCAAGUGGGACAGGAACACAAACACACCUAUCUCCCUCUUGAGGUGUGUAACAUCGUCCCUGGACAAAGAUGUAUCAAGAAGCUAACUGAUAUGCAGACCUCAACUAUGAUCAAAGCAACCGCUCGCUCAGCUCCGGAUAGGGAACGCGAGAUCAAUAAUCUAGUUCGUCGUGCCAACUUUAAUACCGAUUUGUAUGUGAAAGAGUUUGGUUUGACUAUAUCAAAUAACAUGAUGGAAGUGCGCGGACGUGUGCUGCCGCCGCCGAAGCUCCAGUACGGCGGGCGCGUGUCCUCGCUCGGCGGUCAGCAGGCCUUGCCCAACCAAGGUGUGUGGGACAUGCGUGGGAAACAGUUCUUUAUGGGCGUGGAGAUACGAGUGUGGGCCAUCGCGUGCUUCGCGCCUCAGAGAACCGUCAGAGAAGACGCCUUGAAGAAUUUCACUCAACAGUUACAGAAGAUCUCAAACGACGCGGGCAUGCCGAUCAUCGGUCAGCCUUGCUUCUGUAAAUAUGCCACGGGACCGGAUCAAGUAGAGCCAAUGUUCAAAUAUCUUAAAUCUACGUUUGUACAACUACAGCUAGUUGUUGUGGUGUUACCAGGGAAGACGCCCGUAUAUGCCGAAGUGAAGCGCGUCGGUGACACGGUCCUUGGUAUGGCAACACAGUGCGUUCAGGCGAAAAACGUGAACAAAACAUCACCACAGACGUUGAGUAACCUGUGCCUCAAAAUUAACGUUAAACUUGGAGGCAUCAACUCUAUACUUGUGCCCUCGUUACGUCCUAAGGUGUUCAACGAGCCGGUAAUAUUCCUGGGUGUGGACGUGACGCACCCCCCGGCCGGUGACAACAAGAAGCCGUCCAUAGCGGCCGUGGUGGGGUCAAUGGACGCGCACCCGUCCAGAUACGCGGCCACUGUACGGGUACAACAACACAGGCAGGAGAUAAGCACCGGAGGAUUCAAGCCUCACCGCAUCAUAAUGUACCGGGACGGCAUCUCAGAGGGACAGUUCAUACAUGUGCUGCAACAUGAACUCACCGCAGUCAGGGAGGCCUGCAUUAAGUUGGAAGCGGAGUAUAAACCAGGGAUAACCUUCAUAGUGGUUCAGAAACGUCACCACACACGUCUGUUCUGUGCUGACAAGAAGGAGCAGUCUGGGAAGUCUGGGAACAUCCCCGCUGGGACCACAGUCGACCUGGGCAUCACACAUCCCACAGAAUUCGACUUCUAUCUGUGCAGCCACCAGGGAAUACAGGGCACGUCCCGUCCAUCUCACUACCAUGUAUUGUGGGACGACAACCACUUCGGUUCAGACGAGCUCCAGUGUCUUACAUACCAGUUGUGUCACACGUACGUGCGCUGUACCCGCUCAGUGUCGAUCCCAGCGCCCGCGUACUACGCUCACCUAGUGGCCUUCAGGGCGCGGUACCACCUAGUUGAGAAAGAACACGACUCUGGAGAAGGAUCACACCAAUCAGCCUGCAGUGAAGAUCGAACGCCUGGCGCUAUGGCCCGAGCUAUCACUGUACACGCGGUCACCAAGAAAGUCAUGUACUUCGCAUAA